AUGGAUUCAUCAUCACUUGAACUUGACGAAGAAUCCAUAAUUGUACGACUGUACGAGCAAUUCCCUUUAACGCAAUUUGGUUCUCAAAAACGUGGUUUUAAUUCUUCAUAUUAUGUGAAUAAUAAUUGGCUCGAAUACAGUAUUAAUAAAGAUGCCAUUUUUGGUUAUGCUUGUCGAAUAUUUGGAAACAAUCAUACUGAAUCUCCUACAUUCACAUCUGUUGGAUUUAAAAAUUGGAAAAAAUUAUGUGGAUCAAGAGGUUCAAAAAAUGGGAAACAGUCAAAGCUUGAUGCCCAUGCUAGUACAAAAACUCACUUGACUUGUAUGGCAAAAUGGUCAGGACAUAAUAUAACUGGUCAAAAAACUGGCACUGCAAAUACUAUAGAUCAGAAUGAUUCUAUCAUACAAGGGUUCAUGUUCAAAGAAAAUAAGGAUACUGAAGCUUUAAUAACAAAUGAUGAUAAUCUAAAAAUUACAUUAUCUGUCAUUACAUUAAAAGAAGAUUGUAUAAAUGGAGUUAAAUCUGAUACUGGAAUGGCUUCAAAAAAUGUUAAAGGCAAUAAAACAGACAAUAUUUUAAAGGAAUGUGAACUAAGAGUCAAACUCCAAAAAAUGAAUCAAUUGCAGAUUUUGAAUCAAAAGCUCAUAAUGCAAGCCACAGUUGCUAAACGCUUUGAAGAACAUAAAUUGUUUAAGUUGCAAUCAACUCAAGGAUUGGCCUUUAGAGGACAUAAUGAAAACAAAACAUCAUUAAAUCAAGGGAAUUUUAAGGAAGCUUGUGUUUUAUUUUCUAAGCACAUGCCCAAGUUUUCUGAAAUAUUUAGCAAAGACACUAGUCAUCAUAUACAAGAUUAAAUCAUUGAUAUAAAAUAUACAAAUAGUGUUAAAGAUUCAAUUAUAGAAGAAGUUGGACCAGGAAUAUUCAGUAUAAUGUGUGAUGAAGCACGGUAA